UCAAAUUCCUUUACAGAUUGUUGUGGCUUACACUUGAAUUCUUAAUUUGGAUCGCGUUAAUGACAUACCAUUUGCCUGUUUCGGAUGCUAUUACUUGCCGACGAACAACUUGCCAUGUUAAUGCACAGGGAGCACAGCUGAAAAAAUGAUUUGUAUAGCAAGCACACAAAAGGGCAAGUAUAGAAUGAGCAAAAUAUCGAAAGAACGAGUAUUCAUUUUUCAUUUUUCUUGGUUUUUUUUGGAUAGAAAAUAACGAAGGUUGACCAUUGACUGAUGAACGUUUAACUCCCAUUUCUGCUUUUCCUUUUUCCCUCUUCUUCUUCUUCUUCCUCUCCCGUGAGCUCCGCUCGUGCUGGACGGACACCUACUCUCCUCUCUUUCUUGCUUCCUCGGAUCGCACUGAACCCUCCGAUUCUUGCUCACUGAAAUUCCUUGGCUCAAGCGAUAGAUCGAAAAACGAAGGACCCACAAUUCUUCGGCCUCAGCCCGUACUGGGGUCGCCGUCAAGUUCCGAUUUUGAGGCCGGGUGGGUAGCUUUUGGGUCAGCAGAUGGUACUGAGUGGGGGCGGUGGAGAAGGGAGUACUGUGAGCCAUGAUGACGCGGACAAAAACCUAGUAACCGCUAUGUCUAGAGUCGGCGGCGGCGGCGGAGGAGUUACCAGGUCGCUGGGGCCAACCUUCUCUGGCCAAUCUGUGUCCACUAGCGGCAGCAUUGGCUCGCCCUCGAGCCGCAGUGAGCUGGCUCAAGUGGCCACUACGCCCCCCAGCGACAGCACUUUCCUCCGGCUGAACCACCUCGAUAUCCGCGGAGAUGAUGCUGGAUCGCCCGGAGAUGUUGGAAGCAAAAAGAAAAAGAGGGCACAAAGAGCAGCUGCAGGUGAUAAGGGCGGUAGAGGUCUGCGCCAGUUUAGCAUGAAAGUGUGUGAGAAAGUGGAAAGCAAGGGGAGAACAACUUACAAUGAGGUUGCCGAUGAGCUUGUUGCUGAGUUUGCUGAACCUACCAAUAGUACUGAGUCCCCUGAUCAGCAACAAUACGAUGAGAAGAACAUUAGACGGAGAGUAUAUGAUGCUCUUAAUGUUCUCAUGGCAAUGGACAUCAUAUCAAAAGAUAAAAAGGAGAUACAAUGGAAGGGUCUCCCUCAUACUAGCGUAAAUGACAUUGAAGAAUUGAAGACGGAGCGCAGUGGACUGAGAAGCAGGAUUGAAAAGAAAGCUGCAUAUUUGCGUGAACUGGAGGAACAAUUCAUAGGUCUGCAGAAUCUGAUACAAAGAAAUGAGCAAUUGUAUGGCUCUGGAAAUGCUCCUACUGGAGGAGUUGCUUUACCUUUUAUUCUGGUCCAGGUGAUUGCAUCGCUACCCAUCGCAGUUUCUAAAACUCGGCCCCAUGCAACUGUUGAGGUGGAAAUCUCAGAAGAUAUGCAGCUUGUUCACUUUGACUUCAACAGCACCCCAUUUGAGCUCCAUGAUGACAAUUACAUUCUCAAAGCAAUGAAAUUGUCUCAAAGACCUGACAGUGACAAUGCAACUCACGACUUCUCUGUCAACGGCGUUCAAGAGUGCAUUCCAGGGACAUACCCAACACAGAUUCCGGCUCCUAAUCCUUCAAUGUUGAACACUCCUGUCAGAUGUCCCACCUCUCCUCCUGUUCCUGGAAUACUAAAGGCACGAGUCAAGCACGAACACUGAACAGGCAGUUUUAGGGUCGACAGUACAGUGGAAAAUAUUGGGGGUUCCUCUUUAUUCUGCAAAGUAAUGCUGAAGGGUAAUCGGCCUCUCAGAUCGUCGUUUAUCUAUGCAUCAACCUAAUUUGCCCUCUUUUAUGGAGGAAUCAAAAGAUUUGCCAGUUCUACCCGCUCGGCGUGUAACUGAUAGUUCUAUAUGUUGAUGAUUCACUUAAUGACCUUCAUUCGAUGUCAUAUCAGUUGGUAUAGGAGGUUAUUACAGAUGCCAAAAUUCAAGUUUGUAAUUUUUUCCAACGACCAAUUCUGGGAGAUGUCUUUCCUGGCCA